AUGAAGCGUAGACAGCAAAUGGUGGGCCUGGCAAAACCCUGCAGAAAGAGAAGCAUCAUUCUUCACGAGAUUGGCCAUGCUAUCGGAAUGUUCCACGAACAGGCUCGGCCUGACCGAAACUCGUACAUCGAUAUUUUGUAUGACCACAUUCUUCCUCCAGUCAGAUUCAACUUUCAGCAAAUCGAUCCUGACCAGACAACAAACUACAGCAUUCCAUAUGACUACCUAAGCAUAAUGCAUUACGGGGAAACAGCGUUUUCCUAUAACAGAUCAGCGGUCACUAUGCGAGCCAAGGAUCCCAGCUUCCAGAAGAAGAUGGGCAAGGCGUCACGUAUCAGCUUCCGUGAUGUAAUGUCAGUCAAUGCUAUGUACAACUGUUCAGGUCACUGUAGUUUCAUACCCAAGUGCCCAUUCAAAGAAGCUUUUGUCGGAAAAGACUGCCGCUGCUGGUGUCCAACAGAAGAAAAUGAUCGUGAGCCUGCGAAAUUGUGUCCCGAUGUACCUAAAGUUACACCUCCUAGAUUAGUUACGACUCCACCCAACAGUCGAGGUGCUAGACCAAAUCAGAGACAGAGGGACACGAAUGGUGUCCUUCUAGAAAUCGCUUUCAAUCCAAAUGGGCGCCGGACGUCUAAUCGUGGUGCAAGUGCUGUUUUAACUCCUGUAGGUAGAGGUCACAACUUCAUUCGAAACCCAUCAAACCAGGGGGCUAGAAUGGUACCUACUUCCGGCAAUGAAGGGUCCCAGACUUUAGCUGCAACUUUGUCAAAUCUUCCUGAAUCUAUUAGAAUAGGCUCCCUGAGAGGAAAUGGACAGCGCUCUACAGCAAGCAGAAAUAGAAAGACCCUGUCGAGAAAUCGAUCUGCGGAUAGAAGGCCAACCUUUCGACGUCAAAGUUCAACCCGUUCGCAACGCCCUUCCACAGCUACAUCAGCAACCGGUGAUCGUCUAGAACAACAGCUUUUGAAUGAAUUAAAUUCACUCAGUGAAGGUAAUGAAGGAACUACACGUCCGCCAUCACAACCGACUCCAUUGCUGUCGGGAUUGGUGCCAUCAAGAUCAUCAAGCACUGACUUCAAUGCAAUGGUUAGCAAUGUGAUGGGCAUGUUGUCGGGAAGCCGAACAGGUAACUCCAACCGAAACACAAACGGCGCCGUGGUUUCUUCUCAGACACCAGGAGGUGGAGUUGCCACGGCUGAACUGAAGCUUCUGUUACAAGAACUUAACCGACUGAACAGUCAGAAUCAGAUGUCUCCUCAUAUCCCAAUUGUUAGCAAUGUCCGACACACUCACGUUAGAUCCAGAGGAAGAAACGCCGAUAUUCUGAGUCAACGACGUGCCCAGAAUUUAUUGCGGGAAUUAUCUGACCUCAUGUUAUCACAAAGUGGGCGCCAUCAAAGCUUACCUCUUUCACGAGAACAAAUAUCAUACCUUUUGCAAAAAGUAUCAUCUUUUAAUUCUCCAGUCACACAUGUUACUCAUACACAUCCUGUUGUUAUAGAACCAUCUGCUGGACACCACCACCACCACCACCAUCAUCAAGAACACAGUCACCACCAUCACCGAGAACAAACACACCAUCGCCGAGAACAAAGACACCAUCGCCGAGAACAAAUACACCAUCGAAACGACGUCCUCUCGCCCAUUAUCGAGAAUUCGCAUUUUCACAGCAACCCGUGA